AUGUAUAAAAAAGAAGGGCGAUGUUAUGAUUUAUGCCCAUUAAAUACAUUUUUAGAUUUAUCGAAAAAACAAUGUGAGUAAUAAUGUCCAUUGUAUUUUUUUGCUGAUAAUAAUACAAAAGAAUGUUUAAAAUGUUAAAAAAAUUGCCUUUUGUGUGUUUCCAAAAAUUCUUGUAUUAGAUGUGAGUUCGGAUUUUUUUACGAUUAGGAAAAAGGAGAGUGUUUUUCACUUAGUUUAUAAAUUGAUUAUUGUAUAAAUGAUAGUAAAUAUUUAAAUUUAUAGAAUUUUCAAUGUAUUCCAUGUAGUAAAAAUUGCAGAAAAUGCAAUAUUUUCAGAUGCUUGGAAUGCUAAGGGGAAUUAGGAGAGUUUCUUAUAGAUAAUAAUACAGGAACAUGUGUCUAAUGUGCAAGUUUAGUUGCUAAUUGUGCAAAAUGUAGAACCGAUUUUUUAUGUUUAAUUUGCCAAGAAUCAUUUAUAAUUGAUUUAAAUACAGGAAAUUGCCAAGAAGGAUGUAUAUAGGGUAAAUAUAUGGAUAAAAAAAGAGGAAAAUGUGAAUAUUGUCCUUUAGAAUGUAUUUAAUGUGAGUUAUUAGAAACGAAUUUAAUAUGUAUUUUAUGUAUAGAAGGUUAUUUUUCAAACGAAAAUAAUAAGUGCAAAAAAUGCAGUGAUAAUUGUGAAAAAUGCUCUUCUUAAGAAAAAUGUGAAAGAUGUUUAGAUCUUUAUUUUCUUUUAGAGGAAAGAUGUAUUAAAGAAUGUCCUAAAGGCUUUUUUGGAAAUAAUGAAUCCAGAGAAUGUCUUAAAUGUAAUCCUAAUUGUGCUGAAUGUGCCAAUAUUAAUGAAUGUUAGACGUGUAUUUAGGGCUUUUUUUUAGAUAUAAAUGAUAAGUUUUGUAGUUUAUGUAAUCCAGAAUGCUAAGAAUGUGUUUUAUAGGCAAGUAAUUGUACUAUUUGUGCUUUUUUUAUGUAUUUAUUUUAAGUUGAUUAAAAUACUGUAAAAUGUGUCGAUUCUUGUCUUCCGACUUAAUUCGCAGAUGAAAAAAGAAGAUGUAUAGAAUGUCCAUUUUCUUGUAAUUAAUGCAUAAGUUCGAACAAAUGUACUAGCUGUAAAUAAGGAUUUUAUUUCCAAAAUGAUAAUGGAUAAUUUAUUGGAAUUUGUUUAAAAUGUAAUUCAAGAUGUCGAAGAUGUGAAAACUAAAAUACAAAAGAAUGUAUAGCAUGUAAUGAUGGGGAGUAUUCUUCAGGAAGUUCUUGUUAAAAAUGCGAUUCUUAAUGUAAGAAUUGUAUAGGAAAAAAUCCUGACUAAUGUACUGCUUGUACAUAGGGGUUUUAUGUAAGAUUAAUAUAUUAAAAUGCUGGCUUUUGUGAAAAGUGUUAUGAUUUAUGUUACAUGUGUAUUUCAGGAGGCGAAAAUGCAUGUACUAAAUGUAUUUUCGGAUAUUUUUUAUUCGAAGGUUUUUGUUUUAAAAAAUGUAUAAAUGGACUUAUAGAAAAUACUUAAACUAGAUAAUGUGAAUGUUAACAAGUAUUAAUAUAAAUAUAUAAAUAAAUAUAUAUAUAUAUCUAUAUAUAUAUAUAAAAAUAAAUAUAUAUGCAUAUAUAUAAUAUAUUUUAUUUUACAUAUAUAUUUAUUUAAUAAAUUUUUUAUUAUAUUUAUAGGAUUGUUUAAAAUGUAUUUUUUUAAAUAAAGAUUAAUAAAUUUUAUGUGUAUAAUGCAAAAAUUAGAAUUUUUAUAAAGAUAAUUAUAAUUGUGUUAAAUAAUGUCCUUUAAAUAAAAUUACAGAUAUUGAAAAUCGUUUAUGUGUGUUAUAAUGUGAAAAUAAUAAGUUUUUUUAUCCCUAAUUGA